GACAACAGACUGUUGUUGUUUUUUAUUGUUCUUGCUUCUCGUAAACGGUGCGUUGACGAAUUUAGGUUAGACUACCUUCCACCUUUUCAAUAGUGGCUCUCAAAGUUAAGCAGCAUGGAGUCGAUAUUAGAACAGCAGCGCAGUUACCAUGAAGAGAGAGAAAGGUUGAUGGACGCCAUGGUGAGAGAAAUGUUGCACAAGAAGAGUGGACAGCGCGAGCAGAUCAACUCGGACCACCGGCUGAAGAGUCUUCUGGACAGAUUUGUUGACAGUACAACAAAUUUGAAGGAACUCUACGAAGACAAAGAUUCCCUUCGGAAAGAUGAAGUUGCCUCCAUGUCUGGGCCGAACGAGUUUGCGGACUUCUACGCCCGUCUCAAGGUUAUCAAAGAGUUCUACCGCCGUCAUCCAGAUGAGAUCAGUGUUCCCAUGUCUGUUGAGUUUGAGGAAAUUGGCAAGCUUCGUGAAAACCCUGCUGAAGAUACCAACAAUAUGACCGAGUUCACUGAUGAAGAGGGUUAUGGAAAAUACUUGGAUCUUCAUGAAUGUUAUGAAAAGUACAUCAAUCUCAAAGGAAUCGAGAAGGUGGAUUACAUUACGUACCUUACUACCUUCGACCAAUUGUAUGACAUUCCCAAAGACCGCAAGAAUGCAGAGUACCGCAAAUACAUUUUGGAUGUGCUGGACUAUCUGCACGCCUAUGUUGAGCGUGUCAGACCCCUCCUCGAUGUCCAUGGAGAAAUGGAAAGUGUGAUGAGAGAUUUUCACCGUCAGUGGGAUGCAGGCAGUUUCCCUGGCUGGCCGAAGGAAACUGGCAGUGUGCUGACUAACCAGGGUGCCCAUCUGGACCUCUCUGCUUUCUCUUCUUGGGAAGAAUUAGCAUCUCUUGGGUUGGAUCGUCUGAAAUCGGCCCUUCUUGCCUUGGGUCUCAAAUGUGGAGGAACCCUAGAAGAGCGAGCUCAGCGCCUUUUCAGUACCAAAGGCAAGGCAGAAAUCGACCCUGCUCUCUUGGCUAAGAGCAAACCUGGUCGUGGCCGGGACACAAUGAAACACAAGGACAUAGCUGCCCUUGAAGCACAGGUUUACAAAUUUGCAGAGCUUCUCUCUGAGCAGAGAAAUGCUACCAAGGAGAAUGUUCAGAGAAAGCAGGCCCGUACGGAGGGUGAAAGGGAUGACUCAGAUGCUGAAGUCAGUGCAUCAGACUCAGAGGAUGAAGAUGAUUCAGAGGUGCCCUACAACCCCAAGAAUCUGCCACUUGGUUGGGAUGGGAAACCAAUUCCUUACUGGCUGUACAAAUUGCAUGGGCUUAACAUCAGUUAUAACUGUGAAAUUUGUGGAAACUUUACUUACAAGGGACCCAAAGCAUUCCAGAGGCACUUUGCCGAGUGGAGGCACGCUCACGGAAUGAGGUGCCUUGGUAUUCCUAAUACGGCUCAUUUUGCUAAUGUUACACAAAUUGAAGAUGCAUUGGCAUUGUGGGAGAAAAUCAAGGACCAAAAGGAAACAGAAAGAUGGCAGCCAGAGGCAGAAGAAGAGUUUGAAGAUUCCCUCGGUAAUGUUGUAAAUAAGAAAACUUUUGAAGAUUUGAAGAGACAAGGUCUCCUCUAAAGAUAUUUUAUCAUUCAAUUCAUAAUGACACCUUCUCAACUUUGCGUGUGUGAACAAGUAGAAUGUUAAUCGUUUUCACAAUGAAAUGUCCGAUGAAAAUUUAAUCUAUUGAGUCAUUAGUAGAUAUGUAUAUGUGGAAUUAAUUAAGCAAGUUCCUCUGUAAUGUAUACUAACAUUUGAACCUUCUUUUUUUUUUAUUUGAUUUUUUUAAAAACUAUCAACACAGUAAAUAAAUAAUCAUGUAAAUAGUAA